AUGGCCAAAGCACGGCGGUUCGUCCCCGUUGUGCUCAGGGUCGCCACCGCCGCCGCCGCCGGCGUCGCGGCGAUAGUCAUGGCCACGAGCCACCAGACGGCCACCGUCUUCGGCUUGGAGGUGCAGGCCAAGUUCCAGUACCUGCAGUCAUUGAUCUUCUUCGUGGUCGCCAACGUCGUUGUCUGCGCCUACAACCUCCUCGUCCUCGUCGUGCCGACGGCGCCGAGCCCCGCCGCGAAGCUGGUGCUCGUGGCCGACGCGAUGGUCGGCAUGUUGAUCACCGGCGCCGCCGCCGCGGCCGCUGCCACAUCGGCUAUCGGGAAGAACGGGAACAGCCGCGCCGGCUGGCAGCCGAUCUGCGGGAUAAUGAGCACCUUCUGCGACCAUGUCACGGGGGCUCUGGCCUGUGGCUUCGUUGCGGUCGCCCUCCACUUCCUCGUCCUUCUCCAGUGUUCUCGUCACCGUGAGCUGGCCAGGAUCGAUAUUUCAUUUGAUCGUAUAUCAAGCAAUCAGUUUGGCUUCAACAUUAAGAGCAACAGUUUUCAGUACAAAGCUGAAGGUAUCAUUUCAAAAGGCGUCCAAGUGAAGUAA